AUGUCGACGAUCCAAGAGAUUGCCAGUGUGGCCGACUUCGAGAAGCACAUCACUUCCACACCGCCCACCACCCUCCAUAUUAUCUCAUUCCACGCACCAUGGGCCGCCCCAUGCGCUCAGAUGGCGACUGUCCUCGCGACCCUUGCCUCCGAGUACCCCGUCACCAGCCCCCCGCAGACAUCUUGGGUUUCCAUAAACGCCGAAGAGCUUAGCGAGAUCAGUGAGACCUACAACGUCACUGCCGUUCCUUUCCUCGUACUCCUGCGCAACGGCCAGGUCCUCGAGACCGUCAGCGGCAGCAGCGCCAUCAAGGUGCGCAACGCGAUCGAGACACACGCCAAGAAGCCCGCCACCGGCACGACGAACGGAAACCAGGGCGUCGAGAACGGCCCUAGCGCUGCCGCGCCGGCGGAGGAGGCUGUUGACCCGGCCAAGGCUAAGGAGGAGCUUUUCAAACGUUUGGCGGACCUCGUCAAGGCCGCGCCGGUUAUGCUUUUCAUGAAGGGCACCCCGAGCUCGCCCCAGUGCGGUUUCUCGAGGCAGCUUGUCGCACUCCUGAGAGAGCAUUCCGUCAAGUACGGCUUCUUCAACAUCCUGGCGGACGAUGAGGUGCGGCAGGGCCUGAAAGAGUAUGCAGAGUGGCCUACUUACCCUCAGCUCUGGGUUGAUGGCGAGCUGGUCGGCGGUCUUGAUAUUGUCAAAGAAGAAAUCGCCAACAACCCUGACUUCCUGGCUCCUUACAGCGUCAAGUCCAACGCAGAGACUACCGCCACCUCGUAA